GCCGCCUUCAUUUCGAGGCAUCUCAGGUAAGGUCGCACAGCAUGCGCCCAUGAGUUUCACAUACCUUGCUGUGGGUCUUGCGUGAGCCAAGGAGAUUGAAAGACCGCAUCUCUUCUUCUCCCUGUCUGGGACUACCUCAUAGUUCGGAUCACCACCGCAUUUCCAUGCAUUGACAUACCGUGGAAGCAGAGACUCACGUGUUGAUAUUUCCUCGCCGGCCGAGCUCGCACUAAUCGGCACAAGUCCUAUACACGUGCCGACGCGCCAACUACACGAAGCAUGGAGGGCGCGCGAUUGAUGCAGUUUGGCACGGAAGAUGACGAAGAAAAGGAACUCCAAACCCAGGAACGAAGACAGAGCCUCCCACAAUGGGAUGUCUCCGAGAACACGAGGACGCGGUUCAUCGACUUCCUCUGCGUCGCCCUCAAUGCCUCCUCCACCGUGCUUAUCGUCUUCCUGAACAAGUACACCCUCUCCGACCCUCAACUCCGGAAAUCUCAAAUCCUCAUGGCAAUCUGGCACUUCGCCGCAACCUUCUUCGUGCUCCUCCUCGCCACACGCAAACCCUGGCGCCUCUUCGAACCCGUCCGUCUACCCGCCCUCCAAGUCCUGCCUUUGAGCGCCUUUUUCGCGGGUUUCCUCGUCCUCAACAACCUCAGUCUCGCGCACAAUCCCGUGGGAUUUUACCAGUUGUCAAAGAUCCUCACCACACCGAGCGUGGUGUUCAUCAACUUCCUGGUCUUCCAGAAGACCAUCCCGCGAGAGCAAUUCCUGGCCGUGCUAGUGACUUGUGUGGGUGUGGGACUGGUGAGCGUGCAGUCGUUCAAGGGCAAUGCGUUGGGGACGGGUAUUGCCUGUGCGGCGUUCACGACGACUGCGUGUUAUCAGAUUUGGAUUGGGAAGAAGAUGGCGGACCUGAAGGUCGACGCACCGCAGCUGCUGCUGAAUCAGAGUGUUACUGCCGUGGCGUUGCUAAUCCCGGUGUCGAUGUUGGUGGACGUGUUUCCGGACUUUUCAACAAUAUCGACACCCACACUGCUAUCACUCGUAGCAGGAGGAUUCGUCGCAAGUCUGCUGAACCUGUCGCAAUUUCUGAUCAUUGGCAGGACCUCGGCAUUGACAUUCAACAUCGUCUCCAACGUGAAGAUGAUCGCCAUCCUCUCACUCGGCUGGUACACCGAAGGCAAGACCUUUACUUUGCUCGACAUCAUGGGCGUGCUACUGGCACUGGUGGGCGCAUGGCAAUAUGCCGUCUGGGGCAGGAAGUGA